ACUAAAUAACGACGUUCUUGCAAAUGCGUGCGACAUGACGCGCCGGUGAAUUUUUAUAAAUUUGACGUAAUUUUUCUACAUUGACUCCAAAAUAAGAUUUCACAAUGGCCGAUCAAGUCGACUCAAUGUCAGAUGCCGAGCUUCGGACAAAAUUGGCCGAGCAUGGAUUCCCUGUGAUGCCCAUAACCGCUUCGACGAGGAAUCUGUUAGUGAAGAAGCUGAAACUAGUGCUGGACAACAAGAGUAAGCCGCGAAACAGUGUAGACAACAAGGUGGAGAGCAGGCGGACACUCGCUCAGUACUCGAGCGGCGAGGAGUCUGAUUUGGACACAACCAACAAUGCCAAGGAGCGGCGGGGCCGUCGUGCCACCACCGGGGGCGCUAUGCUGCCGCCCGUCACCAACAAAACGAAGCGCCAGCCGCCUCCGAAGAAAGGAUCGCCAGCGAAACGCGAUUCUGAUAAGGGGUCCGAGUCAGAGGAAGAGAAGUCGCCCGUGCGCACUCACGAGGAGGUGGAGACCGUGACGACCCGCCGCGUCACGCGCACCUACGCCGCAAACGACCAGGACGACUAUGAAACGGGCUCGGACAGUGAUGUUGACUCGGGGAAAACAAAAAAGACCUCCUCUCCGUUCAGAAGCAGCUCACGUUCAAGUGACUACAUUUCUAGCACGCUCCCGACCGUGGACGCCGCCACGAGCCCGCCUAAGACGUCAAUAUUCUCCCGUCCGUCGAUAUCACCAGGUUUCUCAUCUUCUCUCUCUUCCUCUGAUCAUCUCAAUUCAAUCCGUUCACGGUUGGGCUUGACGUCCACUCUCGGUGAUCGCCCAUCAAGCAGCACAUACACGCCUAACUUCACACCGGCUUUCCAGCCAUCGACUUCCAAUGUGGAUGAGAUUGAGUCUCCAUAUCUUAGCAAUUUUACACGUCGCCUGUCAGCGCUUAAGGCCGAUCCCAAACCUACUUCUUUCAUAGACCGUGAUGCUAACAAUGGAACCACUGUGCUGCCGCGCAGGUCAUACAUAACUGGUGUCUCUAGAUCUGACGUAGUGGACUAUAAAACUGCUAAUGACAGGAAAUUCUUGAAGAAUAACCUGGUAUCUCUGACCCUGGUGGUGUUAGUUGCACUUUUUUUUUUUUGCUUAUUUUUCAUGUAUAUAGUUAAGAAAAACGACAUCACUUCAGUGGUGGACGAUCAGAACAGUCUCAUACCAAUAUGCCAAUUAAACAUACCGGGCAAUAGGCCAGGGAUCAACUGUGUGCCUAAAGAGCAAGUAAGUUAUGCUAAGGACCUUUUAAAAGUUAUUCACCCAGAGUUGACAAGUAGAGCUGCCGCAUUCAAGUGUAGCAAGCCUGGAGCGCUGCCGUACCUGACUGAGAGGGAGAUUAUUGACAUCGCCAACACCAAAGCUGGCUCCGUAGACAUCAGCCAGUGUCGCACCGAUCUUAACAAUUUACAGGUGUUGAUAGUCAACAACCCCCGCUGGGGACUUAGUGUGGUCCAGCUAAAGAACCUUUACACCAAGGACGCUGAUUAUGUUCCCAUCACAACAACAGAUGCAGUCGUUCAACAACGCAACAAGGGAAGUGUAGCUCUGGUCCUCAGUGAUCCAUCAACCCCAAUAACCUGUCUCUUAGUCAACACAAUGUAUUCAGCUGGCUCUACUCUAAUAGUUGUCGGCGUUAUGUCUUUACUGCUUCUCGGGCUACAAAGAGCCUACAAAUACUAUGUGACAUAUCAGAAACGUAAAAGUGAAGAAGUCUACUCGAUGGUGGAGCAAAUUAUUCAAGUGAUUUCUCAGGAGACAGAGGACAGUGGCGAGCCGUACAUAUCCGUAGACCACGUCCGUGACACUCUAAUAUCGCCGCAAAACAGGGAGAAAAUGUCAUCAGUUUGGGACGCCGCUGUUAAGUUCAUUCAGAGGAACGAAAGUCGAGUGAGGAUGGAGGUUCAGUCGGUCGACGGGGAAGACUGCAGGGUGUGGCGCUGGAUAUCGCACAACAGCCCCAAGCGCACCGCGGCCUGGCAGGGACAGGCUUUCGAAACCCAGGAGGGUUCGGUGAACAAUCUGACAGUGUCGCCGACGCCUUGCCUAAAAAUCCGUAACAUGUUCGACAAGAAUGACGCGAAUCCGAAUCUGCGGUCGGUGAUUCAGGAGGCGAUCGUCGAGAAGUGUGGGGACGUUUGCAACAUCCUGCAUGUAGACAUCGAGAGGACGUCUUGCUGCGUGUAUGUGAAGUGUGCGUCGCCUUCUGACGCGGGAGUGGUGUACCGCAGCCUGCACGGCUGGUGGUACGAGGGCCGCCUCAUCACCGUCAAGUACCUGCACUUGGAGCGCUACAUGCAGCGGUUUCCGAACUCUCCGUCCAUCGGACCCUACCUGAAGUCGAACCGCCAGCGACGAAGCAACUGGGAAGAGUAAUUUGCACUUACACUGAGACAUUAUUCAGUAACUUGAUUGAAUAAUUUGGUGUACUUUCAUAGACGCUUGUGGAUUAUUUAUUGCAACUAAUUGUUAUGUCAACUAAUGAAAUAGUUAUCAGACUUUUAUCAAUUUAUUUUAUAAUUUGUAACUAAAGUAUUUCUUGUAGCAACUGAAGCGAAACACGCACGUUUUUUGUUCAUAAUAAGAUUUAGCAUAAUGUAUGUCUUUGCCCGAUUGUCACUUCAGCUCCAUUUUCGUCCCUUAGUUCAUAAGUGACCCAAGUUGAAGCUACAUAGUUUUUUUCAAUUUGAAACUUGUAAUGUUUUAUGGUUUCCUCAAGGUAUCAUUUGCUUCGAUAUAAUAUCGUCCAAAUAUGGUUAGAGAGUAUGUUUUUAUUCCAAUUUAUUUGCAGCACUAUUUUAAUACACUUCUGUGUAUUCAAGUACUUAAGUUUAACAGUAUAACAUUAUUUCUUGACAACUUAGCGAUUUUUUCUAGAUAUUACUAAGAAAAUGGUUGCUUAUUUUAAUCCAUUAUUGUAAAUUUGGUGGGUGAAAGCUAUAGAUCGUAUUGCCUGUAUUGUUGGCAUUUGAUUUAUAAAUUUCAAAUUAUAUUUAAUGUUUGUAUAGUCAUUGAGUCACACUGCCCUGGCUAUUGUAAACUAGAUAAUGUAAUUUAACACAAUUGUGGGCAUUUUAAUGUAAAAUUUCGUCUUAGCGACUGAUCUGAUUUCUCCUGUCGUUAGUAAGGUGCUGGACUAUGUAAUGAUUGCCUUAUUGUUUUGAACACUUGAAAUUUUAGAUUUUAUAUGAAUAAAAUUCUGCUCAGUUUGACAUUUUGUAAAUACCUGACAUCACAAGGGUCGUAAUAAUUAUCACUAAAGGUAAGUUAGUUGUAAUGGCUUGUAUUUGUUACUGAAUUUUACUAAAAUGUUUUGAACAAAUUGUUGAAAGAGAUAGACGAGUAAGACUAGCGUAAGUUUCAUAGGAUAUUUCCGGUAAUGUACAUUUUAUUCGCAUAAACUGUUCUUUAUUUCGUCGGCACAACUUAACGUUAUCUAAGUGUGUUAUAAUUUCUUAAGAUUGACAUUUAUUUUAAGCAUUUCUGCUAACAAUGUUCUUAAUUUCUAGCUUUGAUUUAUAAGGUUUGAUUUUCAUUUUUUUAAUAAAUUGAUGUAAGU